AUGUCUCUCCGACUCAAGUUCAAGGGAGACAAGCCCGUGAAGAAACACAAGCACACAAAGACGGAACAGAAAUCAAUUGGUAAUUCGGAAUCGAAGAAAGGCAAGAGGAGGGCCGAAGGAGAGUUGGGAGACGAUGUCUCGGAUGUGGAGGAGGUGGGAGGAGAUGAGCAGAGUGAGUAGAUUCAUUACGAAGCAUGCUUGGAUGAUACGUGGGUGCGCAUGAGCGCUGUUGACGGAGUAUCACAACUUUUCAGCAUGGGUGCCUGUACAGCGCUUGACGGAUCUGAAUGGUCCGGCAUUCUUUUACCAGGCGUUCCCAUCCAGCUCCAGCUCGAGUGCUAUCCCGCACGUCCUCUCCUACAAUGUGCCCAAUCGACGUAUCGAAGUGACGUCUCUCCAUCCCGAGAAUCUCUCCCUCGCUUCCUUAGCGCACGAUACUCCUGGGCUUGCCGGAGCUAACGAAGAGCUAGAGGGCGCCGAGGUGGUCACGGAUAUGUCUUCAGGGCUGGAAGUCACACCCCGCUCAGUCAGCCAGGUGUGGGUAGCCAGCAGAGUACUGGACACGCCCUCUUCUGCUCCCGUAUACACGCUCAAAUCUUGCGAGUCGAGAUUCUUGGGCGUGACAGCCUCUGGCAACGCGAGCGCUGAAGCUGAAGCGAGAGGUCCCUUGGAGAUGUGGACUUUGAUCAAGUCCGACCAAGGCAGCGGUGCGUGGCGUCUGAAAUCAGGGCAGGAAGCUUUGUUGGGACUAGACGAGGUGGCAGGCGGCCGAAUUGCUGUUCGAGGAGAUGUCAGGGAAGAAGCAGAAGCAGAGGAGUCGCACCACGACGAAUCGCCCGGAUCGGAAUGGCAGAUCAGAGUGCAGUGGAAGUUUAGACACGAAGCCAGGUUGAGAGAAGCUAGCUCCCUGCCAUUCAAUCUGAGAGAGAAGGCUGCGAAGAGGGUGAAAGCUGCUGAAGGUGACUUGGAUGAAGCCAAACUAGUGUGAGUGAUGUAUCGAGGCCCUCAAGCACCGUACUGUGCCUGAGGGCAGGUGCGUUGUAUGCGCUCCUCUGUCGAUACGGGCACAUGCUGACUUCUAAUCGCUUGAGCCCCGCAGCCACUCUCGUCAAGGAUGGGGCCCUGGCAGGGACAAGACAUACACCUCGGGCGAUGCGAGAGCUGACAAGAGGUCUCUGGCUGGUGCGCGAGAUGAAGGGCGGCUGGGCGAGGAGCUGCUGAAUCGAAGGAUGAAAAUGAAAAGUGACAGGUAUUGUUGA